CCCCUCCCUCUCCAGUCCAGCCCCUAAUCACCAAGGGAGAUCAUAAAAGGAGCCCCGCAUUUCGACUUCGCAUUCAGCCCUCCCCGCAGACUCCGGCUCGUGCCCGACUCCUGCGCCAACAUGAGACUCCUCAGGCCCCUUCCCGCUCUUGCUGCGCUCUUGCUCCUGUCCCUACUCUCAUCUUCAGGAGACCAGGUGAACCUCCCCCAGACUCAGGUCUGGGUGGAUCCCCCAAACCCCGUGAUCCUCUUGGGGACUAAAGUAAUUGUGAACUGCAGCACCGACUGCGCCGAUCCCCUUGAUAUCGGCCUGGAGACUAGGCUGGCGAGGAACGUGGAGAGCUCGGGGACCAGCUGGAAAGCCUUCAGCUUGAGUAACGUGACCCAAGAUAACAGUCCGCUGUGCUUUGUUAACUGUCCCGGAAAGCGCCAGGGCAGCGCCAGGGCGAACAUCAUGGUUUACGAGCUGCCAAGGAGGCUGGAGCUGAGUCUGGAGCCUUCUCAGGAGCACUCUUCUCCCCCGAUCCCCGUGGGCCAGAACAUCAUCUUAACCUGCCGCCUGGCAGGUGGGAGACCUCGGCAGCGCCUGACGGUGGCGCUGCUUCAGGGGACCCAGAAGAUAAGCAGACAGUCGGCCCCUGAAAGUACCCUCGAUACAGUCGUUUUUGAGUUCCCCAUGACGGCCAGUAGGCAGGAUGACGACACCAGCUUCUCCUGCCACGCUGAGCUGGACCUUCAGGCACGGGGGUUGGAGCUUUAUGAGAGCAGCUCAGCCCCCCUGAAGCUCUACACUUAUGACAUAGCACCAGAGCCCCCGAACCUUAUGGCCUCCCAGGUCCUGGAAGUUAGGACCAAGAAGCAGGUGAGCUGUGAUAUGCACAAUCUGUUCCCAGUGGAGAGAGCUCAAAUACAACUGUCCUGGGGAGGGCAGAUCCUGACUCAAAACAGCACCACCCGACAAGGCAACCUGCUGAAGGCCACAGCCACAAUCACAGCCCAGGAGGAGGGUGAUCGAGAGCUGACCUGCAGGGUGACAUUGGAAAAUGAAAUCAGGCAGAUAUCAGAAAAUGUGACAGUCUACUACUUAUCGGAGCCCACUUUUACGGUCAGUGAUCCCAUCGAGAAGGGAAGCCUGGUGAACUUGACCUGCCACGCCAAACCACCGGCCAGGGCCGUGAUUGAGGGAGCUCCAUCUAAUGAAACUGAUAGGCUAUCCCUGAUAGUCCAGGAGAAAGACAACGGGCGCUUGUUCACCUGCUCCGCCGUCCUGGAACUGCGAGGAGAGACAGUCACCAAGAAUAGAACCCUGAAAAUAAACUUCUCAGUCCAGGAAGAAAUGGACCUGACUCCAAUUCUCAUCGGCGUACUGGUCAGCGUGGUGGCUGUGAGUCUUCUGAGCUUCGUGGGAUACAUCUAUUACCGGCAGCGGCGAAUUAGGAGUUAUGAACUGAAGAAGGCACAGGAGGCGAGAGCCAUGCAGCUGAUUAAGCCAGAGGCCAAACUCUGCCCCUAGAGGGGGGUCCCACCCUUCCCUGCACAAGCACUUUUUUGGAGAGCCCCAGGACUGGCCCCCAAAAGCCUGAAGCCAGGGCCGGGAAGCCGCCUGAGCUCUUCCUGGCUGUCAGCACAGCGCGAGAACUUACUCACCUCUGUCCUUGAGGGAGCUGUGGUCCCUUUGGAGCCACAUAAUCAGGCUGAGGGGAUGGGGAGCCGAGGUGAUGAGAAUUGUGGGGCUGAAAAGAACGUGGCUGACUACUGACCUCUGGGACCCAGGGACCUGGGAGCAUCAGAAGGCUCCUGUGGAGCCCUGGGCCUUGCCAGCACAGACAGGUAAACACUAGCUGAGGGCUGCCUCAGCAUUGGAGCUGGAAAGAGGGGAAAAGGUAGAGUAAGGCGGAGAUAGAUGGGUGUUCCGGCCCAUAGCUUGUGGUCUUUUCUACUCCUCCCAAUAAAACUUGACCAAUG